AUGCGUGUCAGCACCUGGAGACAGCUGUGGAUCUGGCUCGCCGAGUCUCAGAAGGAGCUCGGUCUUGCCAUUUCUGAUGAAGCCAUCAACCAGAUGAAGGUCAACCAGAUUGUCCAGGAUGAUGAGUUCAAGAUUGCCGCAAAGGAAGAGGAGAGAAGAAGGUUAGUGCUUGCAUCUUUGGUGAUUUUCAAAAUCUGGCAUUCGUGA